AUGCAGGCCGUUGUCUUCAAAGGUCCUCUCGAGGUUGCUCUCGAGGAGCGUCCCAUUCCUCAGAUCCAGGAUCCCACCGACGUGAUCGUCAAAGUACGCUACACUGCACUAUGUGGGAGUGAACUACACGUCUUCCGCGGCCACCAGCCCUCCACAACCGGCUUCAUCAUGGGCCACGAGUUCACCGGAGAAAUCGUCGAAUCCGGCUCAGAAGUCCACAAUUUCCAUACUGGUGACCUAGUCGUCUCGCCAUUUACUGUGAGCUGCGGGGAAUGCUUCUACUGCGUGCGAGGUUGUUCCUCUCGCUGCGCCAAGAGCCAACUCUACGGUUCUGCGGUUCUGGAUGGCGGACAGGCAGAUUAUGUCCGUGUCCCGUUGGCGGACUCGACGCUGGUCGCUGCGCCGAAGGAAAUCGAUGAGAAGAAGCUUGUGCUUAUGGCGGAUAUUUUCCCCACGGGUUAUUUUGCCGCUAACAAUGCAUUCAAGGGAAUGGAUGAAGCUACGGUGCAGGAGAGUACGGUGAUUCUGUUCGGAUGUGGACCGGUGGGGAUCUGUGCGUUGAUCAGUGCGCUGGAAUAUCGGCCGAGGCAUCUUAUUGCCGUUGAUAGUGUUCCCGAUCGGUUGGAGUUGGCGGGACGGUUAGGGGCCGAGCCGUGGAAUUUCCAGACGCAGGCAGAUGGGUUAAGAGACAGGGUGAAGGAAUUGACGGAGGGCAGAGGAGCCGAUGUGGCGAUUGAGGUGGUGGGACAUAGUAGUGCGCUGGCUAUGGCGUUUGAGAUGUUACGGCCCUGGGGACGGAUCUCGAGUGUGGGAGUGCAUAAUGGCGAGAUUCCGUGGACGGGCAACCAGGCCUACGGGAAGAAUCUUCAGAUUCAGAUGGGGCGAUGCCCGGUUCGGAGCACUUUUGAAGAUGCGUUGAAGCUGCUGGUUCAGAAGCAGGAUAAUCUUGAUUUCAUGGUAACCGACGUGCGACCAUUAUCGGAGGCUGUCCAAGCAUACGACGAUUUCAACCAUAUGCGAUCGCAGAAGAUCAUCUUCGAGGGCGGAAAGUGA